AUGUCUCAGGUCGUAUCUGCGCCGCCAUGGGAGAAGCCCGGACCUACUCUCGCCGGCAUGCCACUCGAAAUACUGGAGAAGAUCAUCGGCUUUGCCAUUCCGGAGAGCGUCAUUGUCGAGGCAACAUAUCGGAGCGAGUUUUCGUCUCGUAGCCGCUCGACGGUCUAUGUGCAAGAUGAAGCGUUCCAGUGGUUCCAGUCAUCAGACUUUGGGGAUCGCAGGAAGGUAUGGGAUUCCGAAUUUUUGCUCUUGUCAAAGCGCAUCCGUACGGCUGCACUGAGAGCUCUGUCCACGCGUAUCAAAUACCACUGCUUCCGGCGUUUUAGCUUUCAUGGCAGCAACUACCGUCUACCUGCUUUCGACAGUGUCGUCAGAAGGAAGUCCAUCGACCACUUCGAGAAUAUGUUCACCAACGCGGCGGGGUAG